AUGGGGAGAAGGCGGUUCUCGGGUUUGGAGGUGACCUUAAUGGUCAUGUUCGCAUUGGUGUUGGCAACAUCCAUUGCUCUAAUAGUUCUUUUUGUUACUGGCGAACCUGGGGUCAUUAAGGAUGAGACACCAGAGGUAUUUGUUCCACAAUGUCCGUCUAUUUCUCAUGCGGAAAGGGUGGACUGCUUCCCUGAUGCUGGAGCCUCCAAGAGAGGAUGUCAGCAGCGUGGAUGUUGCUGGAGUCCACUGGAUGAGCGAAAUGUACCAUGGUGUUUCUUUUCGACCAACCACGGAUACACUGUUGAAUCAGUGGAGCAACCAGAUCCUUAUGUAAUAAAGGCACAUCUGAAGAGAAUGUCAUCCCCUUCCCUGUUUGGAGCAGAUAUACAGGAACUGUCAUUUCAUGCUGAAAUGCAAUCAAGCAAUCGACUUCGUUUUAAGAUAUCUGACGCUCAUAUGCAGAGGUUUGAGGUCCCGCACGAACAUGUUAACAGCGUCAGCAAUCACCCGACCAGUCCCGUUAGCAACACAAUGGAGAUCACACACAAUCCUUUUGGACUGGUUGUGCGCAGGAAGGAGAACAAAAAAGUCUUGUUUGACACAACCAUGGGACCAUUAGUGUUUGCAGACCAGUUCCUACAGUUGUCUGCUAAACUUCCAUCCCAUAAUAUUUAUGGCCUGGGAGAGCACGUACACAGACAGUUUCGCCAUGACACAUACUGGAAGACCUGGCCCAUCUUCACCAGAGAUGCUUUUCCUAAUGGGGGAACACACAACCUAUAUGGACACUAUCCCUUCUUCCUCUGUUUGGAAGAUGAGAGUGGAAAGUCAUUUGGGGUCUUCCUAAUGAACAGCAAUGCAAUGGAAGUGACUUUGCAACCUGCACCUGCAGUGACGUACAGAACAAUUGGAGGAAUCCUUGACUUCUAUAUUCUUUUUGGAGAUACACCGGAAGAAGUAGUGCAGGGGUUUCUUGAGCUUAUUGGCAAGCCCGUCAUUCCGCCCUACUGGUCCCUGGGAUUCCAGCUUUCUAGAUGGGACUAUGGUAGCUUGAGUGAGGUCAAGAAAACAGUGGAAAGGAAUCGUGCAGUGGGCCUCCCAUACGACAUCCAGUAUACUGACAUUGACUACAUGGAGAAUAAGAAAGACUUCACCUAUGACAAAGUCAAGUUCCGUGAGCUGCCUCAGUUUGCUGACUACCUUCACGAGAAGGGACAGAAAUACAUCCUCAUACUGGAUCCUGCUAUUGCCACCAGUAAGAAGGUCGAGGGUAUGCCAUACGAGUCCUUUGAACGUGGCACUGAGAAGAAAGCCUGGGUCACUGAAGCAGAUGGCAAAACUCCUUUAUUGGGAGAGGUAUGGCCAGGAGAGACUGUAUUUCCAGACUACACCAGCCAAAACUGCAUCGACUGGUGGGUUGAUGAGUAUGAGCGAUUCUCCCGAGAGAUCAAACAUGAUGCCCUCUGGAUAGACAUGAAUGAAGUGGCUAACUUCAAGAAAGGAUCAACUAAGGGCUGUGUUGAUAACAACUUGAACUAUCCUCCGUACACACCAAAGAUUAUGGAUGAGGUGAUGUAUAGUAAAACUCUGUGUAUGGAUGCCAAGCAGGCCUGGGGGAACCACUAUGAUGUCCACAGUCUCUAUGGUUACUCAAUGGUGCUGGCAACUGAAAAAGCUCUGCAACGUGUGUUUGGAGGGAACCGUACUCUGAUGUUGACCCGCUCCUCCUUUCCAGGUGUGGGGAAAUAUUCGGGUCAUUGGCUGGGGGACAAUGCUGCCAACUGGAACGACAUCAAAUGGGCCAUCCCCGGCAUGCUAGAAUUUGGUCUGUUUGGAAUUCCAUAUAUUGGAGCUGACAUCUGCGGAUUUUUUGAUAACUCCAGUGAAGAAUUAUGCCGUCGUUGGAUGCAAGUGGGAGCUUUCUAUCCCUUCAGCCGCAACCACAAUGCUAAAGACUACAAGCCUCAGGAUCCAGCAGCAUAUGGGCCAGGCUCAACUCUGGUGGAGAGCUCCAAACACUACCUGAGGAUUCGUUACACACUGCUACCGUACCUCUACACACUCUUCUUCAAAGCCAGCACCACAGGGGAGACCGUUGUGCGUCCCCUCAUGCAUGAGUUCUAUUCUGACAAUGCCGCCUGGGCUAUAGAUCGCCAGUUUCUCUGGGGCAAACACCUGCUCAUCACACCUGUACUGGACCCGGGUGUGGUUAUGUUGGAUGCAUAUAUCCCGGAUGCUUUGUGGUAUGACUACGAGACGAUGAAACCUUUGGCAGAGCGCAGACAAAAGAUUGAGCUGAAUCUACCUGGUGACAAACUUGGUUUACACAUAAGAGGCGGCGCAGUUCUCCCCACGCAGAAACCUGCUGUCACCACAACAUACAGUCGACGCAAUCCCAUGGGUUUGAUCAUUGCUCUUGAUGACCAAGCCCAGGCUUCAGGGGAACUGUUUUGGGAUGAUGGAGAUUCCCGAGAGACUCUCAAAACAGGCAAAUACAUCCACUACAAAUUCACUGUUAUCUAUGGCGUGCUGACCAUGCAGGUGACGCAUGAUGACUACAGGGAUCCCAACAACCUACAUUUUGAGGACAUCAAAAUCUUAGGGGUUCCCCACCCUCCUAUGUCUGUUUAUGUGACACACGUGGGCUCUGGAUCACUUGGAAACUCUACUACCAAGCUUCCAGAUUCCAAAAUACAGUAUGAUGCUGCCAAGGAGGUUCUGUUCUUACAACGCCUGUCUUUAACUCUGGGGGAGACAUAUGUUGUGCGUUGGGAGGUGGUGCAAGAGGAGUACCAACGCUUUGACUGCCACCCCGAGGAGCAUGUAGAUGAGGCAAAGUGCAAGGCUCGAGGCUGCAUCUGGAAGCAAAGCAACAUUGAACGUGUUCCCUGGUGCUUCUAUCCCAAAGACCAUGGAUACAUUGUCAGACAAAAUGAACAGACCCACUCUGGCAUUUGGCUCUUGCUCAAUCGGAACAAAAGGUACCAGAGCAGCGGCCGCUCUGAGUCACCUGACAUUGACAACCUCUAUGUUCAGAUCACCUUCCACAGCAGUACCAUGCUGCAAUUCAAGAUCUGGGACCCAGCCACAGUUCGUUAUGAGGUUCCAGUUCCUCUGUCUCUCCCGCCUGUUCCUGAGACUAAUGAGGACAAACGGCUUUACGAGGUCCUUUAUAAAAGUAAUCCAUUUGGCAUCAAGGUCAUACGAAAAAGCACAGGGACCAAGAUUUGGGACUCAUCAGUGCCAGGAUUUACCUUCUCAGACAUGUUCAUUCAAGUAUCAACACUUUUGUCAUCUGAGUACGUCUACGGCUUUGGCGAGACUGAACAUUUAACAUACAAACAUGACUUGAACUAUCACACCUGGGGAAUGUUCUCCAAAGACCAACCUCCUGGAUACAAGAUGAACUGCUAUGGGGUCCACCCAUUCUAUAUGGGACUCGAGACCACUAGUGAUGCUCAUGGUGUUUUGCUGCUAAACAGCAAUGCAAUGGAUGUGACUUUUCAGCCUACACCAGCAUUAACCUACCGAACUGUGGGAGGCAUCCUGGAUUUCUACAUGGUCCUGGGACCUACACCUGAGAUGGUGGUGCAGGAGUACACUGCUCUGAUUGGAAGACCUGUUCUACCUGCUUAUUGGUCCCUUGGAUUUCAGCUCUGUCGCUAUGGUUAUGCUAAUGACCAAGAGAUAGCAGAUCUAUACAAGCAAAUGAGGGAAGCAAAUAUCCCCUAUGACGUUCAGUAUGCAGACAUUGAUUACAUGGAUCGGCAGCUUGACUUUGUCCUGGACCCAGACUUUUCUGGACUACCCACCCUGGUUGAUAACAUGAGAAAAGAGGGCAUGAGGUUCAUCUUCAUUCUGGACCCAGCCAUUUCAGGCAAUGAGUCUCAUUAUUCUGCCUAUGACUGGGGUAAGGCAGCGGAUGUCUUCAUUAAAUGGCCCAAAAAACUCAGUGAAGACAUUGUGUGGGGGAAGGUUUGGCCAGAUUACCCGAAUGUCACAGUAAAUGAGUCUCUGGAGUGGGACACCCAAGUAAAGCUCUACAGGGCUUACACUGCCUUCCCUGACUUCUUCCGUAAUGAGACAGCAAAGUGGUGGCAUCAAGAAAUCAAGGAUUUCUAUCAGACUACUAUGAAAUUUGAUGGCCUCUGGAUUGACAUGAAUGAGCCUGCCAGUUUUGUGCACGGUACAGUAGGGGGGAAGUGCCUUGGUAACCCGCUGCUUGAGAAGCCUCCAUAUAUGCCAUCAUUGGAAUCCAAACAUCUUGGCUUAAAUCACAAAACUCUGUGUAUGAACAGCGAACAGAUACUCAGUGAUGGAACGGCAGUCAGACACUACGAUGUCCACAGCAUCUAUGGCUGGUCUCACACGAAGCCUACUUAUGAUGCCUUGCAGAAAGUGACUGGUAGACGAGGAAUAGUGGUGACCAGGUCAACUUACCCCUCUAGUGGAAAAUGGGCUGGACACUGGCUGGGUGACAACAACGCCAGCUGGGACCAAUUAUAUAAAUCCAUCAUAGGCAUGAUGGAGUUCAGUCUGUUUGGCAUCCCUUAUACUGGGGCAGACAUAUGCGGGUUCUUUAAUACAGCCAAGUAUGAGAUGUGUCUUCGCUGGAUGCAACUGGGUGCCUUCUAUCCAUACUCACGUAACCAUAACGGCAAGGGCAACCCGAGACAAGAUCCUGUUUCCUGGAACUCCACCUUCGCCGAAGCAUCCCGGAAAGUCCUCAACAUUCGUUACACUCUCCUGCCAUACCUGUAUACGCUCAUGUAUGAAGCUCAUACCAAAGGAAACACAGUCGUCAGGCCACUACUGCAUGAGUUUGUCAAUGAUAAAACUACUUGGGACAUUUACAAACAGUUUCUCUGGGGACCUGCUCUUCUUAUCACUCCUGUCCUUGACCCAGGAGCCACACAUGUAGAAGCCUAUGUUCCUGAUGCACGCUGGUAUGACUUCCACACGGCAAAAGAUGUCAAAGUGUGUGGCAAAAUGGUCUUGAUGCCCACACCAAUGGACCAUAUCAAUCUUUACGUUAGAGGAGGAUACAUUUUACCCUGGCAAAAACCAGAGAACACAACGUACUACAGCCGAAAAAAUCCUUUGGGACUGAUUGUUGCCCUGAGUGACAAUGGGACUGCUCAAGGAUUGUUCUUCUGGGACGACGGCGAUGGAAUAGACACUGUUGAAAAACAACAAUAUCUACUGACCUCAUAUGCUGUAGAAUCGAACACCUUGUCCAGUACAAAUAUCCACAACGGCUUGUUUGAAGCUGACCAUUUGAUCCUUGGCGUAGUGAAGGUCUGGGGGAUAAACAGCACUAACAUCACAGAGGUGACUCUGACGGAUGUGACUGAAAAAGUACAUUUUCUGACACCUCAGUAUAAUGCUGAAACUCAGGAGCUGAUUGUAGAUGCAACUGAAACUUCAGUCCGUAUGGAUCAUCGUUUUACCAUGAGGUGGAGGGCCAGUGUCUGA